AUGUCUUCCGAAAGUGCUGUCAACACGAUCGACCUGGCGGACAAAAUCCCGCUCACUACUGCCAAGACCAUCGCCGACGUGAAUUGUGUCGAGAGUCGAGUGAAGGAUGCGACGAUCUUCAACCAUGCCGAACUCACUCAACAAGAGAAGAUGGCUCUCCAUGAUCUCCUCCAAGGGUGGUGUGACACCCGCCCCGGCAACAAGAUCUCGCCCCUCCUACAGAAAAUGUUCUUCGCCAGGAUUUUCGAAUCCUGGAAUUUUGAUAACGACUCUGUCUCGGUUCCUGUCGCUCCUGGAAAGAAGCAGCUGGCCCAAGUGGCAGUUCCCGUCGGGACGUUCAAGAUUGACCUACCAGUCACCCCUAUGAAGCGCAAGUCAGGCGAAAAGCUUCAAAACAAGACCCAAGGCGAGCAGGUGCAAAAGCUUGGCUGA